CGGGUUUCGCGGAGGCUGAAGUGACCUUGGAGGCGGGAGGCGCGGAGCUGGAGCCGGGCCAGGCCCUGGGGAAAGUAGUUUUCAUGGACUGCCCUGGGCAAGAGUUGGCCCUGCUGAACACCGAUAACGAUGAAUUCACUGUGCGGAACAGCGGAACUGUCCAGGAAAAGAAGGCAUCGAAUAUCUCCCCAUCCAAACGUAUCUUACGAAGACGCAAGAGAGAAUGGGUGGUCCCACCGAUAUCUGUCCCUGAGAAUGGCAAGGGUCCUUUCCCCCAGAAGCUGAAUCAGCUUAAAUCUAAUAAGGACAGAGGCACCAAGAUUUUCUACAGCAUCACAGGGCCCGGGGCAGACAGCCCCCCUGAGGGUGUCUUUACCAUAGAGAAGGAGACAGGCUGGUUGUUGUUGAAUAAGCCACUGGACCGGGAGAAGAUUGCCAAGUAUGAGCUUUUUGGCCAUGCUGUGUCAGAGAAUGGCGCCUCAGUAGAGGAGCCCAUGAACAUCUCCAUCAUCGUGACAGACCAGAAUGACCACAAGCCCAAGUUCACCCAGGACAUCUUCAGAGGGAGUGUAUUGGAAGGGGUACUACCUGGCACUUCUGUGAUGCAGGUGACAGCCACGGAUGAGGACGAUGCCGUCAACACCUACAAUGGGGUGGUUGCUUACUCCAUCCAUAGCCAAGAACCAAAGGACCCACACGACCUCAUGUUCACUGUCCACCGGAGCACAGGCACCAUCAGCGUCAUCUCUAGUGGCCUGGACCGGGAGAAAGUCCCUGAGUACACACUGACCAUCCAAGCUACAGACAUGGAUGGGGACGGCUCUACCACCACAGCAGUGGCGAUGGUGGAAAUCCUCGACGCCAACGACAAUGCUCCCGAGUUUGACCCCCUGAUCUAUGAGGCCCAUGUGCCCGAGAAUGCAGUGGGUCAGGAGAUACAGAGGCUGACAGUCACUGAUCUGGAUGCCCCCAACUCACCAGCAUGGCAUGCCACCUACCACAUCGUGGGAGGUGAUGACGGGGAUCAUUUUACCAUUACCACCCACCCCGAGAGCAACCAGGGCGUCCUGACAACCAGGAAGGGCUUGGAUUUUGAGGCCAAAAACCAGCACACCCUGUAUGUUGAAGUGACCAAUGAAGCUCCCUUUGUAGUGAAGCUCCCAACCUCAACGGCCACCAUAGUGGUCCAUGUGGAGGAUGUGAAUGAGGCACCUGUGUUUGUCCCACCCUCCAAAGCUAUUGAGGUCCAAGAAGGCAUCUCCGUUGGGGAGUCUGUCUGUAUCUACACUGCACAGGACCCUGACAAGGAGAAUCAGGAGAUCAGCUACCACAUCCUGAGAGACCCAGCAGGAUGGCUAGCGAUGGACCCAACCAGUGGGCAGAUCACUGCUGCCGCCGUCUUAGACCGUGAGGAUGAGUGGUUUGUAAAGAACAACAUCUACAAAGUUGUGGUCCUGGCCACGGACAAUGGGAACCCUCCCACCACCGGCACAGGGACCCUCCUGCUAACACUUACUGAUGUCAAUGACCAUGGCCCGGUCCCUGAGCCCCGUCAGAUCACCAUCUGCAACCAUAGCCCUGUGCCCCAAGUGCUGAACAUCACGGACAAGGACCUGUCCCCCCACACCUCCCCUUUCCGGGCCCAGCUCACACAUGACUCGGACAUCUACUGGACAGCAGAGGUCAAUGAGAAAGGAGACACAGUGGCCUUGUCCCUGAAGAAGUUCCUGAAGCAAGACACAUAUGACGUGCACCUUUCUCUGUCUGAUCACGGCAACAAGGAACAAUUGACAGUGAUCAAGGCCACCGUGUGUGACUGCCACGGCCAUGUGGAAACCUGCCCUGAACGCUGGAAGGGGGGUUUCAUCCUCCCCAUCCUGGGGGCUGUCCUAGCUCUGCUGCUCCUUCUGCUGGUGCUCCUCUUGUUGGUGAGAAAGAAGCGGAAGGUUAAGGAGCCUCUUCUACUCCCAGAAGACGACACCCGUGAUAAUGUCUUCUACUAUGGUGAAGAGGGUGGUGGCGAAGAAGACCAGGACUAUGAUAUCACCCAACUCCACCGGGGUCUGGAGGCCAGGCCUGAGGUGGUUCUCCGUAAUGACGUGGCGCCAACCUUCAUCCCCACACCCAUGUACCGUCCUCGGCCAGCCAACCCAGAUGAAAUCGGCAACUUCAUCAUCGAGAACCUGAAAGCCGCCAACACGGACCCCACAGCCCCGCCCUACGACUCUCUGCUCGUGUUUGACUACGAGGGCAGUGGCUCUGAUGCUGCCUCCCUCAGCUCCCUCACCUCCUCCGCCUCUGACCAGGACCAAGAUUAUGACUAUCUGAACGAGUGGGGCAGCCGCUUCAAGAAGCUGGCAGACAUGUAUGGGGGCGGUGAGGACAACUAGGCCACCCUGCCAGCAGGGCUGAGAAUGGAACAUCAGGCCGCAGUAGCAUCUCCCAGGGGGUCUCAGUCCCCUCCUUUAGCCAAGGACUUUGGAGCUUAUCAGGAAGUGGCCUUAGCAACUUGAGGGGAGAGGCUGCAAGUCUAACAUUGGAAGGGUUGGGUUCUAAGUUUCUCAGAGUGGAGGAAUGUGGCAGUUGACUUUAGCACUGAAAACCUCUCAGCUGAGGUUAAGGUUGCCUUGGAGGCUGACUGUCCAGAAGACUCUAACCUGCCGUAAAAUAGCCCUACGUGCUGGGACUGGACUGGCUCUGACCCCGUGAUGACUUUCUCUGGAAUGGACCCUUCUCCUUAGAAGAGGCCUCUUAUUGCAACAUGAUUUUUUUUAAAUGCUAUUUUCAAAAAGUUAGAGGCAGGUCCUCAUCCGUCCCCAUGGGUCUUCCUGAAGCACAGCCCAGAGCUGUGGGCUCACUGGCCCUCAUGCGUUUCUCCCCAGUUUCCUGGCCCCAAGGCCUCCUAUUUGGAUAGUCACUGUGUUUUUAUACUGAGUGUGUCUAGGUUGUCCUUUAUUUUUUAUUUUCCCUGUUGUGUGCUGUAGAUGAAGGGUGAUGACAAUCAUGUAAAUGUACUAGAACUUUUUUAUUAA